GCACAGUGAAAUUCUACUCGCCAGUAAUACCUUAUACGAUCCAAAACAAUAUUGAAGUAUCAACAUAAUCACACAAGGUGGAAAUUGACGCCACUUUACUUCAAUUCCUUAAUACACGUCACUCUUGUUUACAUUACGUCAGCUGAUACACGAUAAUUUCUUCAUCAGAUGUGUGGAACAUGAAAUUAAGAUAAUCAUGUGUUUGUUUCUUAUUAACUACUUGACUGUUGAGGAGUCAUAAUUUCUGCAUAUUGGAGGUGUAGAAUUUGGCAUCGAAUGUUGUAAAGCCACUGAAUAUAAGUCAGCAUAAAUAAAUCAAAAUGGAGGCCUUGUACCAUCAAACGAAUAGACUUCUUCAGGAAGUAACAACAAAUGACCUUACCAGAAUAGAGAGAACUCCUGGGCAAGAGGAAUACAAUGCUAUUGAAGUAGCAGUAACAGAGAAACUCAACCAGAUAAGAGGGAAUUGCAGUCGACUAGAUAUUUUGAUUAAUAAAGAACCACCCACCAGGAGAGCUAAUGCCAAAUAUCGAGUUGACCAACUAAAAUAUGAUUUUCAGCAUGUGGAGAAUUCCUUUAGAAUGCUUCAGCAUCGAAGACAAGUUAGACUUCAUGAAGCUGAAGAAAGAGAUGCCCUUUUGUCUAGGAAGUUUACAACCAAUGAUCAGCAAGAAACCUCAAUAUUUCUUGAUCAUGAACUUCAACAUCAUGAUAAAUUAACGAAUGCAAAUAGAGAUGUUGAUGACUUGUUAGGGGUAGGCACAUCAGUCCUACAAGGCAUACGUGAUCAAGGAAAAACUUUAAAAGGAGCUCAUAAACGUGUUCUAGAUCUUGCCAAUACACUAGGUCUUUCUAAUACAGUGAUGCGAAUGAUUGAGAGACGAUCGACACAAGACAAAUACAUUCUUUUUGGUGGAAUGGUUCUAGUGCUACUUUGUUUAUAUUUUGCUCUUCGUUACUUGUAAGAUUCAUUGUCUUAUAGUUAUUGAUGAUAAAACAUUAUUUUUCACAUAAAUGUGGCACAUUUAUACAGUAUUCACAUUUGGAGAUGUUUUUAUACAGAAAGAUACAAACUUGAAAGAUUGUGUUGUAUUUAUACAAACUGGUACAGACUUAAAAACUGCGAAGCAUUGAGCAUUGUUGGAAAGUUUCUAUAAUUCUAAAAGUGAAAAAUGUAGUCAGCUAAUAUAUGUACUAUAUGUGAAAUAAUGACAAAAAAUGAUAAAUGCUGUGCUAUUUUGAGAUUAUACAUAAAAGGGCUGUUUGAAAUUAAGGUGCUAGCAUAUAUUGUACAGUGUAUUAAUUGUAAUAUGUAAAAGUUAUGGUUAUUAUUGAAAUGAAAGAAUUAUAAAAACUGGUUUAUCAGAUUACUAGAAAUAAGGUAAAGAUAUUACUUAUUUUUGUUAAUGGCUUCUUUAUAUUACGUAGUCACAAAAUGGAUUGUAUAGAAUGUCAUUGCAUAUUAAGUGUUCCAUGGUCAGGAUUAGGUAGAACGCUGAGAACUCUAUGUCCCUGACAAUGCAGUGAUGGUUCACAAUGAUUUGAUAAGAUAAAUCAACAUUAUAUGAUAUGAAUUUCAUCCAAAAUUGGUUAUUAGUAAUGGAUUAGUAGUAGUAUGGCCUUUCAGUUGUAGAAGAGUAUUGUUAUGCAUAAGAUUUAAAAUUUGUAUUAUUUAAUACUGUGGCACCUCGACUUCAUGGAAAAUGGUGGAGUGGGAUGUUCACCCCUCCCUAUAGGAACAAAAUAUGUUAAAAUAACAAAGAUUUACUUGUGCUAUACUAGCAAACUUGGAGAUGAUAAGCAAAGUAACAUUGUUAAAAAUGUUAUUUAAAAAUUUUGCAUCAGAUUUUGUUGUCAUGUGUUGUAUUAUUAAAACUAAUUAGUAUUAUAAUAUUUUA